CAGCCAAUCGCCCGGGGCUGUGGGGUGGAUGACGUCACCGGUUGCUAAGAGGAAUCCAACGUGCGAACUGUCAAGCUUAGUGGCCCCGUUCUGGCGCUCGUGUCCCCGUUUAACAAGUACUGACAAAGCGGAGCGCGGGCCCCCUAUCGGGCCUCUCAACCCCCUUGACGGCGGGGCUGUGCGUUCCGUUCCUGCGGGAUCUACGCUCGGGAAAGCUGACGUCAUCAACCGGGCCUUUGGCGCGGAGUGAUCCGCCCUCUUCAGCCCCCCCCCCCCCUCUUCCUCAGAGUUCCAGGAGGUGAAGCGGCUGAGGCGGAGGGUCACGUCCAAGGAAGAGCAGGAAGGGUCCGCUGAGGAGAGAAGGAGUCCGGAGGUGGAGGAGCCCUGAGGUUUGUGGCCAAGAAAUUAAAGCCUGGGGCUGCACGGAAAAGCAAUUACAGAAAGCUGCUGACCAUGCGUUAGUAUUCGGGAGACGGGACAUUUUUGGAUUGUAACUUUUUUUUUAUUCUGGAUUGUAAAAGGGAAAGGAAGUGACAAUGGGGCGGAAGAAGAUACAGAUUACCCGGAUAAUGGAUGAACGGAAUAGACAGGUUACGUUCACCAAGCGGAAAUUUGGGUUAAUGAAAAAAGCCUACGAGUUAAGCGUACUCUGCGACUGUGAAAUUGCACUGAUUAUUUUCAAUGGCUCCAACAAACUGUUUCAGUACGCGAGCACCGACAUGGACAAAGUCCUUCUAAAGUAUACAGAGUACAACGAACCACACGAGAGCAGAACCAACUCCGACAUUGUGGAGACUCUCAAAAAGAAAGGCUUAGAUGGUUGUGAAAGUCCAGAUGCUGAGAGAUACUUUGAGGAGGAGACAUUCAGCAAACUAAAUGAAGAUAAUGAUUUUGUUUUCAAGCGAGAUCCUGCUCUGAACAAGAAGGAACACAGAGGCUGCGACAGCCCGGACCCCGACGGCUCGUACAUCCUGACCCCCCACACCGAGGAAAAGUACAAAAAAAUUAAUGAGGAAUUUGAUAAUAUGAUGCGCAAUCAUAAAAUUUCUCCUGGACUACAGCAGCCGAACUUCUCCAUGUCUGUGACCAUCCCAGUGUCCAACCCAUUGUCCUACAGUUCACCGGGGAACACGCUUGUCACUUCACUGGCUAGCAGCACCUCAUUAACAGACACAGGGAUGCUGUCUCCUCAGACAUCGCUACACCGAAAUGUGGUGUCUCCUGGGGUGUCACAGAGACCCUCAAGCACUGGAAAUGCAGGUGUAAUGUUAUGUUCAUCGGACAUCUCUGUGCCAAAUGGAGCUGGUGCCAGUCCAGUAGGUAAUGGGUUUGUAAACCCGAGGGCGUCUCCCAGUUUGCUUGGCCCAGCAGGUGGAAAUGCACUGGGAAAAGUGAUGCCCACCAAAUCCCCUCCUCCUCCGGGGGGCAACCAUGGAAUGAACAGCCGAAAGCCAGACUUGCGUGUAGUCAUACCUCCCUCCAGUAAAGGAAUGAUGCCUCCUUUGACAGAGGAAGAUGAAUUGGACUUGAAUACACAGAGGAUAAACAGCUCCCAGUCUACACAGUCUCUUGCAACUCCAGUUGUCUCUGUAACUACGCCUAGUCUGGCCACACAGGGUCUGGUCUACUCUGCCAUGCCUCCUGCCUACAAUACUGAUUAUCCUCUUACCAGUGCGGACCUUUCUGUUCUACAAGGGUUUAACUCUCCAGGUAUGCUGCAGAUUGGACAGGUGUCUGCCUGGCAGCAACAUCACUUAGGACAAGCAGCCCUCAGCUCCCUUAUGGCUGGCGGGCAGCUAUCUCAGGGUUCAAACUUAUCCAUCAAUACCAACCAAAACAUCCACAUUAAAUCAGAGCCGAUCUCUCCUCCACGCGACAGAGUGACCUCCACUGGGUUUCAACAACAACAACAACAACAGCAGCAGCAGCAGCAACAGCAGCAGCAGCAACAACAACAGCAACAGCAGCAGCAACAACAGCAACAGCACCAUCAACCCCAGGCUCGUCCUGAAAUGGGGAGAUCUCCUGUGGACAGCCUGAGUAGCUCCAGCAGCUCCUACGACGGGAGCGAUCGUGAGGAUGUUCGCAACGAUUUCCACUCUCCUGUCGGCAUGGGAAGAAAUCCCAACACUGAAGACAGGGACAGCCCCUCCAUGAAACGAAUGAGGAUGGAUGCCUGGGUGACAUAAAAGGUUUUUCUGUGCUCUUCUGUGGCUGAGCUCCAUGCAUAGAAAAAACUGUUUCCUUUUCCCGGAGGAUGC